AUGGAGGACAAGGUGCGGGUCAUCCGGGAGGUCGAGAGGGGCAAGAAGAAGUCGGCCGAGGGCCGCCAGUUCAACGUGCGGGUGUCCCCCCUCUACACCAUCGAUGUGGCCAAGUGGGUCAGGCAGCAGAGGGUGGCCACCCGGCCCGUCAGCCGGGCGCUGUUCGUGGAGAAGGCGGCCCCUACAUCGUCUGACUGCGCAGGCUGCCAUUCCCAGCGGAACCCAAGCGGCCGAAGGACCAUCGCUGAGCAAGUGCCACCAAAACGCCCGCUGGGUCCUUUAAGGGGCCGCCCAUCGCAGGGAUCCGCUCCCGCCCUCGCCCCCCCGGCGACUCCCCGAAGCCGAGGUUGCUCCCCUGCACCGUGUGCGACAGGCGCUUUGGCCGCCGGCGGGAGCACGUCGGCGGCCGGCCCUUCCCCUGCCCCGAGUGAGGGAAGCGCCUCAGCCGCAAGUCGAAACUGGCGGCCCAUAUCCCGGCGCACCCGGGCGAGCGGCCCUGUGCCCACUGCGGGCAGCACUUCAUCAAGAAGGCCAACCUGGAGUGACACCAGCAGGCCCACAGAGCGGCGGUGGGAGAGGAGGUCAAAGGGCACGGAGACCGGGCAGAGCAAUCUGGAUGCGAUCGCCCCGGGCAGCCGCCCGCUAUCGGUGCUGCUUCCCGAAUCCCAGAGGUCCAACCGGCCGGUCCCGCCGGGGACACUCGCCUCGCUGGGACUGACCUUCCGGAGACAACGGAGAGCCUCCAAAAGCCCUGCAAGGCCACCCAUCCGACCGAGACACCCCUCCCCAGUGCGGCUUUCCACCCCGGCUGCGAUACCAGAGGGAAGCGAGCCCGGGAGGGAAUGUCAACAGCCGCCAGGAAUCGGAGCAGGACGGAGAGCAGCCGAGAGGAACAGGUCAGAGGUCGGGGGAACCGGCCCGGGCCGUUUGGAAGCUGCGACGGGAUCCCGGGUUGUCUGUGCUCGGCGACACCCCCCACAUCUCCGGCCCACACCGAUCCUCCCUCUGUCCGGAACUGAGGACUCGCUCCUCAGCCCCGCGGGACUCCGGGCCCGACCUGACCUCCGACACCGGCCUCGGUAAAAGCAAGGGGAAAGUCGCCAGGCACAAACGCCCAAGCUUCCGAAGGACCAGAGACCACGGGUGUUGCCAUCCCAGCGUCACCUUCAGAUGAUCCAUCCCAUCUCCGACCACGGCAACGGGAUGCCCGAAGGGCCGAGCGACGUCCACCCGAAUGAUGAGGGAACUGAGGCCCAGAGAAG